GAAUGAUCAAUGUGUGUAAUGUGAGAGAACAUGAGGUGGGGGCACCUGAAAUUGUGGAUGAGAUUUUGGAUAUCAUCUUCAUUUUUCUCUGAACACACAGUUUCAGAAGAAGUUUUAGGAACCCAGAAUUCAUAACUGUCACUAACCAACCCGGAUGGAGCUCUUCCUUCUUCUUCCUUCCUACAAACAAAACCCAACUAUUUUCCAGAAGCCCUUUAACCCCUUCGCCAUUAUCGGGAAGAGACGUCCAUCUCGUUUCCCUUGUCGCUGCUCGUUAUCAUCCCCACAUCAAGAACCUUUAGAACAACCCAAAGAAUCGGUGCGGUGUGACGGAAGGAGGGCAUUGAUUGGUUCUUUYCUCUCGGCGGCUGCUGGCAUAUAUUUCUGCAAUGUGGCUGAGGCUGUUAGCACAAGUAGAAGGGCUUUAAGAGGAGCAAAAAUACCUGAAAGUGAAUUUACAACUCUCCCAAAUGGUCUCAAGUACUAUGAUUUGAAGGUUGGAGGAGGAACUAAGGCUGUGAUUGGAUCCCGUGUUGCAGUUCACUAUGUGGCUAAAUGGAGAGGGAUCACCUUUAUGACAAGUAGACAAGGGCUUGGUGUUGGUGGAGGAACGCCUUAUGGAUUUGAUGUAGGCCAAUCAGAAAGAGGAACAGUCCUCAAGGGAUUGGAUCUAGGUGUUCAAGGCAUGAGGGUGGGAGGCCAGAGAUUGCUUAUAGUUCCUCCUGAGUUAGCUUAUGGAAGCAAAGGGGUUCAGGAAAUUCCUCCAAAUGCAACAAUAGAGUUGGAUGUGGAAUUGCUAGCCAUCAAACAAAGUCCAUUUGGGUCUCCAGUAAAAAUCGUUGAAGGUUAAGUGAAAAGAACUAUGCUGGCCCGAUCAGCACGAUGUCUUGGUGAUAUGGAUUAACAAAUAUUGGAAGUACAAGAGUUGGUGCUGAAGGGAGAUUUUACCUGGUUUGAGCCUUCUUUAUUCAACCAAAUAUGUCCAUGGCCAUUAUGUUUAAUAUUUAAUUUUUAUUGAAAUAAUAAAUUAAUUCUCAUAUCUAAUGAAAUAUCAUUUGUACUUUAUGGAAAGCAA